ACACAAGCAACCAAUCAGCUGACUGAGCGUUGUUUCCAAUCUGAUCAAUAUAAGUAUUAUUUAAAUUUGUUUUAUGUCGCAAGACGUCGUGAUAACGAAUCGAGAAUUAAGAUUACCGGAACAGUACACGACCAUCGUGGAUCAAUAAAUUCGAGGUACCUAGUUAAUUGUCUUGGAUUAGUUAUUCAAUUGUCGAAUCUUCGAUACUCUUCGUUUUUGAUUAAUUGUGAACGCGCGUGUGGUAGUAACGAUGUUAAUUACCUGUUCGCUCAUUAUCCAAGAUCUGAAUGCUACUCGACCGAACACACGGUCUCUCAGAUCGUGUGUGAUGACCAAAAGAGUAAACGACGAUUACUAUGUAUGUGUGAAGAACUCAAUGUUCCCGAACAUUAUGAGCUACAAGCUCACUAUGUUGCAAAACAUAUACCACAAGUUCAUCAAUGAUGGGAAGAUAGGAUUGGAGUUCAGUGAGCCCAAACAAGCAUUGUUGAUAGUAUGCGAUGACAAGAGACUGCUUUACUUGUUCUUUCGUCAACUUAAGACCAUUAUUGCCGGAAAAAAUGUAAACAUUAGAACACAUUUAAUGCCUAAGACAGUGCCUACUAAAAAGGUUCAAAUGAAUCGUUUUGAUCCAAUGGCUCUCCAGUUCUCAUCUAUUCAACGUUUUGACAACCGUAUAUUGAACAUGAGACAUUUGAAGACACUACUGCUGGAAGACUGCGAUUUACCUAAAAUUCCUUUUCAAAUUGGCCAAUUAUCCCUUGAAUAUUUUAGCAUUUCAGGUAGUAAACUGCCAACUUCAAAAAAUGAACAAGAUGUCCUUUGGAAUUGGACAUCUAUAACCACAAUUUGCAAUUCAUUAAGAACCUUGAAAAUGGAUUCCAUAGGAUUGAAAACAUUGCCAUUUGAAAUAUCCUUCCUGAAAAAUCUAGAAACUUUAUCUGCACGCAAUAAUAAGCUGUCAUAUUUACCUCAGAUCAUUGGUGAGCUUAAGAAACUCGAAUGCUUAUUUGUUGCUGACAACUCAAUAAAAUACUUUCCUCAUAUUUUGUCUAGUAAAAUCUUCAAAGAAAUCGACAUAUCAAAUAACUUAUUUCAGUUACCGAGAUCUCUAGAGUUUGACCACAUAAAAAUAUAUUUAGAUACAUUAAAUACUGAAAAUUUACGUCACGUUGGUAUUAAACCAUUAAGCCAUUUGGCAUUUAACAAUAUAUUAGAUAAUUUAAUACCAUUUAAGAGACAAGAUUUACCUCGCUCACUGUGGACACAUUUUGAUGUUGUUGGUCGUUGUAUGUUGUGUAAUAAAUGGAUAUUACCAAAUUACUCUAGAGUAACUCAUACAUUUGGUUUGCCUAAAGCAAAACGUAUAAUUAAAGAUCAAAGAGCCAAUGGUCUACCAUGGCAAUCAUUAAUAUGUCGUUAUUCAGCUGAAUGUGGCUGUCCGUAUUAGUUUAAGCCAUAUUUAUCUAUAU